UAAUUUAUAAAUUAAUAAAAUCAUAAUUAAAACAUGAGGUGUUAAUAAAAUAGCUUGUGACCAUUGCCAUGGCCCACAAACUCACUUCUCUAAGAAAUAAACGCUGAUUUAAGGGAUCAACAGCUUGAAAGAGAAAUGGGGCUUAUAUUCACAAAGCUUUUUAGCCGGCUUUUUGCCAAGAAAGAGAUGCGAAUUUUGAUGGUUGGUCUUGAUGCUGCUGGGUUUAAUGUAGAGACUGUUGAGUAUAAGAACAUUAGUUUCACUGUGUGGGAUGCUGGUGGUCAGGAUAAGAUCCGUCCAUUGUGGAGGCAUUACUUCCAAAACACACAGGGUCUAAUCUUUGUGGUCGACAGUAAUGACAGAGAUCGUAUUGUUGAGGCUAGGGAUGAAUUGCACAGGAUGUUGAAUGAGGAUGAGCUGAGAGAUGCAGUGUUGCUUGUAUUUGCAAACAAGCAAGAUCUUCCAAAUGCAAUGAAUGCUACUGAAAUUACUGAUAAGCUUGGCUUGCAUUCCCUUCGUCAGCAUCAUUUGUACAUCGAGAGCACCUGUGCAACCUCUGGUGAGGGGUUGUUUGAGGGUUUGGAUUGGCUCUCCAACAACAUUGCAAACAAGAGUCUUGACCCAUUUCCCUUAGGCCUCUAAGUUGUGAAAUAUGGAUUAUGGAUGUGAAUUUACACUAUUGAACUGUAAAACUUCUUUUAUCUUGUUCUUAUAUAUCACAUUUCUUCAAUUGCGGGGCUGAAUGAAUUGAUGAGGAUUUUGCAAGAUGGCGUUCUGGAUGCAGGGGUGAAUAUUAUCUAGUUUCUUUUUCUCUCCUCUUUUUUUUUUGUGGGACGGUUUGAGCUGUGGUUAUGCCUUUACUUUUGUGAAAGAGCCUUUAAUUUAGAACCUACUUAUGGCUAUAUUAUAAUAGAGAACUGGUUGUAAU